AUUCUCGCCUUGUCGUUUCUACGAUAAACUUUUGAGUGACUCAUAGAAUUCAUAGUUUGCUGUCAUCUUAUCCGGAGAAGGAAAGAAAAAAGAAAAACGAAUAAAAAAAUAAGGAAAUAAAACAGAAAGAAUGCGGUGGUGGCACGACUGUGUGGGGCUUAAUGAUAAGAAUGUUAAUGCUGAUCUUCAUCACACAGACAUUUGUGGAUGAAGCUAAACCUUCUAAGAGUGAGUGGCAGAGAACGAAUCCGCCACGAAAAUUGCUUAUAAAAGCUCUAUAUAACGGGACAAAAAAAGAAGAAAGAAAAGAAAUUAAUGUGGUCAAAUAAAGUCGUGGUGGAAAUCUUUUCUAAAGAAAUGCUACUGUUGAUCAAGUGCAUAUGCAUAUGCAAUUGUAUACGAAGUUUGUAGCCUUGUAAGUCAAGGAAAUCCUUUGAUUCUCUGAUCGAUUACUUUGUCAAAAGCAUCUUCAUAUAAGUGACACAAUCAUUCGAUUUUUUUUUCUACAAUAGAAUACUAUAGUGGAGACGCAUUAAAAAUUAUAAUAGAGUAGAUUAGUAAUUUUUGUUACCUUUCAUUACUUUGCUAAUAUGUUAGGGUUAGGGUAUUGGUUAGUAUUUCCAAAAAUAACAAAUUAUAUCUUGUCUUUAAUAAUGCUAUUUUUUUUUUAUGUAAUAAGUCAUAGAUUCCUUUUUUCAUUUUUUGUUCCCUCUUCUUUUAUUUGAGCACACGCUAGUGUCUUUCCAAAACUGCAACGUGUCGUGGUAUAUUGAACCAAACAACACAGUUUUCAUCUCAUGAGUUACUUUAUUAGAGUUGAGCAAUCAAUAAAUUAUUCACCAUAAUCAACAUCAUCAUCAUCAACCACCACAUGAACCUCUCUCACACACUCACACAGAGUCUCAGACUCAACAAAAACACAAACACUCAUCACCGAUCACUACAAACUCUUCCGCCACCUCAACCACCCUUGUGACUUAACAUGUCAUCGCAGUACUUCCACCGUGUAGGCUUCACAAGGAAGCGAGAGAGGCUUAUCAACCCCAUGGAGCGAGCCUCACCACUGCCAUCAUCUUCGGUUCAGAACCAAGCCAUGUCAGAGUCAGAGUCACUUCCACUACCUUUCUUCCUCCCUGAUGAGCUCGUUGUGGAGAUUCUCUCGAGGCUCCCCGUGAGGUCUCUCUUGAAGUUCAGGUGCGUGUGCAAGUCAUGGAUGUCCCUUAUUUCUGAUCCUUACUUCAUGAAAAAGCACCUUCACUUGUCAACUCGAAGCACCCACUUCACCCACCAAAGGAUCAUACUCAGUGCCACAACAGCUGAGUUUCACCUCAAAUCAUGUUCUGUCAGCUCUUUGUUUAACGACCCUUCAACCGUUUGUGAGGACCUUAACUACCCUGUGAAGAACAAGUUUCGCCAUGAUGGGAUAAUUGGCUCUUGUAAUGGGUUGCUAUGUUUUGCCAUAAAGGGUGAUUGUGUGCUUCUUUGGAACCCCUCCAUCAGGAUCUCCAAAAAGUCUCCACCUUUGGGUAACAAUUGGAGGCCAGGGUGUUUCACUGCCUUUGGCCUUGGCUAUGAUCAUGUCACUGAGGAUUACAAGGUGGUGGCUGUGUUUUGUGACCCUAAUGAGUUGUAUAGUGAGUGCAAAGUGAAGGUGUAUAGCAUGGCCUCCAAUUCUUGGAGGAAGAUUCAGGAUUUCCCGCAUGGCUUCUCACCCUACCAAAAUUCAGGAAAGUUUGUGAGUGGCACUCUCAAUUGGGCUGCCAAUCAUUCUGUUGGUUCAACCUCUGUGUGGGUUAUUGUUUCCUUGGACCUGCAUAAGGAAACAUAUAGGGAAGUUCUGCCACCUGAUUAUGAAAAGGAAGACUGUUCCACCCCUUCUUUGGGCGUUUUACAAGGGUGCCUGUGCAUGAAUUAUGAUUAUAAGAAAACUCAUUUUGUUGUGUGGAUGAUGAAGGAUUAUGGGCUGAGUGAGUCUUGGGUUAAGCUGGUGAGUAUUCCUUAUUUGCCUAAUCCUGAAGAUUUUUCCUAUUCAGGGCCUUAUUACAUUUCGGAGAAUGGUGAAGUGCUGUUGAUGUUUGAGUUUGACUUGAUUCUGUAUGAUCCAAGAGAUAACUCGUUUAAGUAUCCUAGGAUUGAGAGUGGGAAGGGUUGGUUUGAUGCAGAGGUCUACGCUGAAACUCUGGUGACGCCAAUGAUGCAUUAAGGUCUAUGCAAGUGUAAGUAUGAAUAAAAUGUGAAAAUGUAAAGUGUUUUCUCUUGUUCAUGUAUUUUGGCAUUAGAUGUGUAAUAUGUAUAUGCACAACUGAGAGGCCAAGCAUUGUAUAGAUGUUGUUAAUGUUUGAUGAAGCUCAGUUACGCGUUCGUGUUGUUAAUUGUGUUGGGUUAUGUUAUGUAUCCAUCAGAUCACUGAUGGAAAACAUUGCUUAAUCUAUUUGUUAGUAUAUGGAAAUUGGUAUAUGCUUUCUUGUAUUAUGGUUAGAAGCAUAUAUUUAAUGACUCAUCUUAAAUUCA